ACGGCUGCAAUGGGCUCGCUCGCGGCUGGUUUUCGCAUGAUUGACAUUAGUCGUGAUAGUCCCGCGCGACUGAUAUAUAUAUUGGUAGGCGUACGCGUCUAGUGUUUCAUUCGGACCAGUGACAUUGGAACCGGCUGCUGUACUUUGUCGCUGAAUCUAGCGAAACGGUUUUAUCGAGUUCACAAAGCCGCGAGAUCCUGUGAAAAUGAAGUUGCUGUCGGCGCUAGCUGUCCUGCUGAUGUCGGUGUGUCUCGGCAGUUCGAGCGAGACACCUGUAAUCCGUACGCAGUGCGGCCCCGUGCAGGGCGAAGUGAAAACCACUGCAUGGAACUCGGUCCCGUACUGGUCGUUCCAGAGUAUACCUUAUGGGAAACCGCCGGUCGGAAACCUUAGAUUCAGGCCGCCAAUGCCAGCGGAGCCAUGGACGGGAACGCUGAAGGCUAAUAAGGAGCCUAAUGCCUGUCCCCAGUUGGAUAUCUUCUCGCAACAAUACAUCGGGAACGAAGACUGUCUGUACAUCAACGUUUUCACUCCUGUGCCGACGGCUAGGAAACAUGCACAUAAGAAAGCAGUCAUGGCGUGGAUAUACGGUGGCUCGUUUGCUGGUGGAAGUACCAAUACGUCUAUAUACGGACCAGAUUUGUUGAUCGAGCAGGACGUCGUGGUGGUCACCUUCAAUUAUCGUCUUGGUGCUCUUGGAUUCCUGGCACUGGGCCUAGAAGGGGCGCCAGGAAACGGUGGGUUGAAGGACCAAGCUUUAGCUCUGAAAUGGAUACAGCAGAAUAUUGCUGCAUUCGGUGGAGAUCCACGUCGAGUGACGAUUUUCGGCGAGAGUUCUGGCAGCGCAUCGGUUCACUACCACGUACUGUCACCACAUUCGGCAGGUUUGUUCGCGCGAGCCAUUGCUAUGAGCGGUACGCCAUUGUCCCCAUGGGCGUACCACACGCCGGAGCAAUCGUUGAACAAAGCAAAACAGCUGACCAAGUUCCUUGGCAGCGAUGCAACCACUAAUUCCGAGAUCCUGAAUUUCCUGCUGAAUGUUCCUCCCAAGGAUCUCGUCAAUGGAACCGAACAAAUGGACGGAGUUACGCAAAUGCUUACCCUGCCGUUCAGGCCAACUUUGGACAGCGUCGAUAAGAACCCGUUCCUCACUCAGUGUCCUAUAUCGAUAUACAAGUAUGGAUCCUUCAGCAAGGUUCCCAUAAUGCUAGGUAAAACUAAGGAGGAAGCACUUGGCUUCACGAGAGAUGGAUUCACCGGCGUGAACGACACGUGGACUAAUUUCGAUCGAUUGAUAGACAUCGACGAAGAAGUGUUCAAUCGUUUCGUGAAGGACAAAGUCACCGACUACGGUGUGUUCGUGACUGAUUACUACUACACGGCGCCCACCGAUUUAACUCGCAAGUUCCUAACCAAGUACAACAACGAGCCGGUUUAUUCCUACGAGCACACCUUCGAUUCUCCGUACGCGUUGCACAGACAACUUGGACAAGCUUUGAACGGAACUUCUCACUUCGAUGACGUUCAGUACGUGUUCUACAUGAAAGUCUUCCGCGAGCCUGAGGACCCCAACGAUCCCGUCAACCGAUUCAGGAAAAUGGUGUCCGCGAUGUGGGCGAACUUCGCGAAAUACGGAAAUCCCACUCCGAGACGCAAUAACCCAUCGAACGCGAUUUGGGAGCCGUCCGGCUGCCGCGGACUGCAGUUCAACAUCAAUAGCCAAUGCAGAAUGCAAGAAGCCGACGUGAGCCCAACAGCAGUGGAAUACGAGAAGUAUAUACUCAAUAGACUGCCAACCAAGAGCGCUUGUCAUCCAACGAAAGCACCCGAACCUAAUCUGGACGAUUUCUUUCCUACUGCGAACCCAUCUCAGACCACUUUACAUUAAUAUACGAUGUACAACAAAGCUAUGAAUAAAACCCAAUCGUAUCACAA